CUCACACUGACCUCCAAAAAACAAGUUAUUAAACCUGAACCCAUCGUGAAACCUGGUAAAUUAACAACAGUUCGUGAUGAUUCUCUCAUUAUCAUGAACCUCGUCGACAAUCCUGACCUUCCUCUCAGUCUGCAGGAUAAAAACGACAGGAUGCUGUGGGGUGAAUUGAACAAAAAGCUCGAACUUCCUAGAAUAGAGCCUUUGACGGUCACCCGGCUCACUCGAGGAAAGGAUUCUAAGCAUCUAAAUCACCCUAGGCUUCUCCGAGUAACACUUAAGAAUGCUACCGACGUAGAGGACGUCUUGCUAGCAAGUCACUUACUGAAAUCAGAUGGUAACGUAAGAAUAUUGCCCGACAUACCGUACUCUGAGCGCAAUAUCAUACGUAACGUCCCUAAAGAAUCUCGCGAGAAGUUCUUCCGCGGACGAAACAUAAUUGUCCAAGGUAUACCGGAAAAUGCAGACCCUACUCACUCAAAUUCUGACAUCAGGGAAUGGAAAUUCAUCAAACAGUCCUUGAGGCUCAAACACAUACUGACUCAGCAUGUGAUGAGACUAGCCAAGAAGGACGGUGAUCUUAGACCCCGCCUAAUGAAGAUAACCUUCCCAUCUUCCCACAUGGCGGCUGCAGUUCUGGAAGCAUUUCGUGCUAAUAGACGUCGAUUGCCACCUGGAAUCCACAUGCACCCGGAUAGGCCAUACGAAGUCAGGACCAAGAACAAAGGCAAGCUGGAGCUGACCAUUCCACUUGUGGACUGUCUAAACGAUAAAAAAAACGUGUAAAGGACAGGGCCUACCACCUCGGCAAACCUCAUAUAGGUGGGCUACCUGUCCAUUCACAUAAGGUUCAUACAGAAAAACAGGACGAAGCUCAUGCGUUCCAAAUUGAAAGCAUAAACUGCUUAUAUAUGAACGCCGCGAGUUUACCAAACAAACUGGAUGAACUACGUGAACUUAGCAACGCUAACAAGGCCCAUCUGAUAGGAAUAUCUGAAACCUGGAUAUCUUCUCAGUUCUCGGAUCAAGAGUUAGCAUUGCCUGGGAUGACUUUGUUCCGCAACGACAGAAAAAUAGGAAUUGGGGGCGGAGUAGCCAUAUACAUAAGCUCUUGCUUGGAGGUGCACCAGGUUCACAACCUCGAGUUUAACAAUCUUGAGGAAUCCAUAUGGUGCUCUGUAAGGUUGUCUAGUACUUCCAGGUGUCUAGUCGGAGUCAUUUAUAGGAAGCCAACUGCCGACACCGAGUACGAUAGUCGUAUGCUGGAAGGACUAUCCCGCUCUAUCCGUCUCGGUUUCACACACAUCCUGAUUCUAGGGGACUUUAAUCUCCCUAGAGUCAACUUCGCGGAACACACGUACACUGGAGGCGACAACUCAACUGAAGCUCGGUUCUUCAACCUCAUCGAUAACUUGGGCUUAUAUGAAAAUGUGAGGUCGGCAACUCGUUGGAGAAACAGUCAGACACCAUCGCGCUUAGACUGUGUAUUCACUAACGAAGAAUUCCUAGUCGACAACCUCUCAAUCCUGGCUCCUCUGGGAAAAAGCGAUCAUGCCGUCAUAGCCUUCAGUUUUGUCAUCAAAACUAAGCUAAGGUAUCCCAACAAUAAUUUGCGAUGGAAUUUUAAACGGCUGAAUGUGCGAGCUCUACAUGACCAUCUACAACAGGUGGCUUGGGAUGUUCACC